AAAAUAGGCUCAAAAUAUUAUUAUUGUAAGUUUCGCUCAAUUACUAGAUGUAGGUAGGCACGAAGUACGUGACUGUGAAAUGGUGUUUUAUAGGGGGUACAGCGACAGUCAGCAGCUAACCACAAUCCUUCGAGCUUAUUUCAACGGUCGCUCCAAAUUUAUCCACUUAGAAGGCGCUCGAUCUCUCAACAUCAACUCACAACCUCAUUGGCCUCGUCAAUGAGGAUGAAAACACCAAGUCCGGUGUUUCAAUAAGCACUCAUAGAUAGACAAUACAAUUGCUUUCCAUCUCAAAAACCUUCAUAUCUACUUUUCCAUCCCCUCAUAUUUCUCUCCCUAAAGCCUCACACACACUCACCAUGGCCUCCCAAUCUUCCCCAACGAGGCCAACCCCUCGCAUCAUCAUGUACUACCAAACCACCCACGACCCGGACGGCAACCUAAUCUCCACCCUACCGCUAAUCACGCAACCCGGCAUCUCCCUAACACACCUAAUCGUAGCCGCAAUCCACAUCAACGAGGACCCAGACGGCCUAACCCUCAACGACCACUCGCCCUCCGACCCGCGGUACACGACAAUGUGGGCUGAACUACGCAUCGCACAAGCCAGCGACAUCAAAGUCCUCGGGAUGCUCGGCGGCGCCGCCAAAGGGUCCUUCACACGUCUAGACCAAGACCAGCGCACCUUCGAGAAGUACUACGCAGCUCUCUCCUCCCUAAUCCAAGAGCGGGACCUCGACGGCCUCGACCUCGACGUCGAAGAGGACAUGUCGCUCGCGGGAAUAGUCCGGCUCAUCGACCGGCUCCGCGCAGACUUCGGGUCUUCCUUCCUGAUCACCCUCGCGCCCGUCGCCGCGGCGCUGCUGGAUCCGAGAAGAAACCUCAGCGGCUUCGACUACGAGGCCCUGGAGGUCAUGCGCGGGCCGCAGAUCGCGUGGUAUAAUGCGCAGUUCUACUGCGGCUGGGGCGACGCGGGCGAUCCCGCUAUGUACCAGCUGUGCGUGGCCCGCGGGUGGCCCGCGGAGAAGGUGGUCGUUGGCCUUGUCACGACGCCUGAGAACGGGCCCGGCUGGGUCCCGCUCGAUGUCCUGGCUGAGACUUUGCGACGCCUGCGCGCGCUGUUCCCUGCGUUUGGAGGCGUGAUGGGCUGGGAGUAUUUUAAUGGGUUGCCCGGUGGGAAGGCGAGGCCUUGGGAGUGGGCGCGGGAUAUGACGGGGCUUUUGAGGGGUGAGGCGGUUGAGGGCGUGGAAGGGGUUGGUGGAAAGGGUGCGAAGAGUGCGGAGAUAGAUCCUGAUGUUGAGACGGGCCCGAGUCUUCUGGUUCCGCAGAGUUUUGAGUAUUACUCUGAUGGUUUGGGCGAGGGCGAUGAUUAAGCUGGGGAUAGGUCUGCGAGUAGACUGUAUUCAAGCUUUUUGGGGCGUGGGGAUGUCUUUUGCUAGAGCGCAGAAGAAAAUAUUGGCUAUGUGCUCACCUAAUUGACACUAUUCCCACACUGUAAGUCGGGACUGAAGAGUAUAACAUGCCCAGUGCCCAGUGGCGUUGAAAUUUUAACCAGUAGAUAUAAGAUGAAAAUUAACAGUCAAACUUAAAUAUUAUCUGAAUCACGUAGCCAGUCAUA